AUGUACGUGUGCCUGACCAUAGCCGUUCAUGCAGUCCGCUCCUGGCUACGGCCAUCUUUGCACAUUCCGCGUCCGAAUGAGGACAGGAUCUCUCAGCCUGCGGCGCGAGACCACCUGCAACGGGAGCCGCCUUCAGGUUGCACUCGCGUGGACGUCCCUUGCCGCAUGAAGGGAAGCCAUACCCAUCUCGCGAGGAUACUCGUGUUGAAGGAGGAAGAAGUGUGCCAGUAUAUGUCUCAUUACGGUAGAAGCGGGGUGUAUGACGACUCUGCGUCAGUCAUGUCUGCACGUGCAGGGUUUCAGAUGUUUGCGAGUAUGGUGUUGUGGUUUUUGGGAGGUGAUGCACUAAAGCAGCUUGACGAGCGGCCUACUCGGUUCAGGGCGCGCCUCAAGAACGCAUUUCUUAAAAUUGACCCAAACAUUGGCACUGCACUGGCGGGCAUGGCCUAUGCGGUAGGCAAACUGGAAAGGGACGCACCGGACUUCUGCGUCGUAUACUACUUGCUGCUGCUUGAGGCAGCCAUGCAUAACCUGUUCAAACAAGGUUUAGAAGAUGAUAUGAUCACAGUGAUUCAGGAGUCAGCCUCGUUUCAGACUGUGGACUAUAUGUUGUGUGAGCAAUUGAAGAGAUCGGGCGUGCGAUACGACGGAGAUCUGAAAAGGGACUUGGAGAUCGGGCUGAUUAGGGCAAAGGGUGUCGCGGCCUUUUUACGAACGUGGGAGUCUGCGUCCAACACUGCAGUUCUUACAUCCUUUUGA